AUGGCUCGCCACCAUCGCCGCGAGCAGCUUCCGCUAUUCAUCAAGCGCGCAUUAUGCGCGUAUCACGUCGAGCAUCCCCUCCUGCGCCACGUCGAUCUUGCACGCUGGGUUUACGCCCAGUAUGGCCUGCGACCUGACCGCUCCACGGUCGGCCGCAUCCUGAAGAAUGCGGGGCGCUGGGCUCUGGAGGAACCCAACGCCCCCAAUCAGGUGCGGCGCCGGGGCGGCGCAUGGCCUGAGCUUGAGCAGGCCAUGGCUCGCUGGAUCGCAAACGCGGGCCCCGCGGGCGUGCCACUCACUCUGCAGACGAUACGCGACCACGUGGCGACGAUGGCGCGACGCAUGGGCAUUCCGCCCGCGUUCCGUUGCUCCAUUGGCUGGGUCCGCCGUGCGUUGAGGCGCCAAGGAGUGCGGUGCCGUGCAGCCACCGGCGAGGCGGCGAGCGCCGACAUGGCGGCUGUGCGUGAGGCGCGUGAGAAAGUGCCGCAGCUUCUGACUCACCUCGGUUACCAACCGCGCGACACUUUCAACUUUGACGAGACUGCGUUGUGGCUCUCUGUGCUGCCGCGUAAGACGUACAGCAACGCGCGCAUUCCCGGGCGCAAGGUCUCGAAGGACCGCCUGACGGUGGCUUUUCUCGUCAACGCUGACGGGAGCCACGUCUUCCGGCCGUUGGUCAUCAGCAAGGCGCGCCGUCCGCACGACUUCAGGCCGGACUACGACCCGGAAGCUCUGUGCUACUGGCGGCACAACGCGAAAGGCUGGAUGACCAGCUCGUUGUUCACGCAUUUCAUAUCGCAGCUCAAUGCCGCGAUGUAUGCCGAGAGGAGGCACAUCGCGGUGCUGCUCGACAAUGCAAGCUCCCACAUGCUGCGGGACGAGUGCGCGUGGAGCGAAAUCGUCUGCGGCAUGCGGACCACUUGCCUCAGCAAUGUGCGCCUCGUCUUCCUGCCGCCUAACACAACCUCCUACACGCAGCCCCUCGAUGGACGGAGGGAGAAUGGGGUGGGGUGA